AUGGAGAAGUAUAACAACAACACUCAGUUUGCGCCCUUGAGAGAUGCUCCAUUUGCUCUCCGUGGUGCUAUUGGUGGCUCGAACUCAAAUCUUGAGCAAGCCAAAGGCUACACAUCUUUGCCUCUAGCAGCCCUGCGACCAAAUGUGUCUGCACCUGGAAGCCGAGCCAUGCACACAAGCCGCCCCGUGGCAGCUCCUGUUGCAAACCGCCCAUUGUCUACGUUCUCAAUCUCGCACCGUAUUUUCGGUGUCGCGUUGGGAGUUGCCAUCAUAUCUGUCCCUCUUGCCACCAAUAGUUCAGCCUGA